GCCCGUCCCGCCAUUGCCGGGGCAUGGAGGGCGAGAGCACCUCGGCCCUGCUCUCGGGCUUCGUCUUCGGCGCGCUCGCCUUCCAGCACCUCAGCACCGACUCGGACACGGAAGGUUUUCUCCUAGGAGAUGUGAAAGGUGAAGCCAAGAACAGCAUUACUGACUCACAAAUGGAUGAUGUUGAAGUUGUUUAUACAAUCGAUAUACAGAAGCAUAUUCCCUGCUAUCAGCUGUUCAGCUUUUAUAAUUCUGCAGGAGAACUGAAUGAACUUGCCCUGAAGAAAAUACUAUCAGGCUGUAAGAAGAGUGUAAUAGGAUGGUACAAAUUCAGACGCAACACAGACCAGACCAUGACAUUUCGGGAGAGACUUCUCCAUAAAAAUUUGCAGUCACACCUGUCAAAUCAGGGUCUUGUAUUCCUUCUCUUAACCUCUAGUGUGAUGACAGAAAGUUGUUCUACGUACCGACUGGAACAUGCCUUACAUCGGCCACAGGAAGGCCUUUUCCAGAAAGUCCCUUUGGUGGUUACCAAUCUGGGUAUGGCAGAACAGCAAGGCUACAGAACAGUGUCUGGCUCCUGCGUAUCUUCUGGCUUUGUGAGAGCAGUAAGACAACACAGGUCAGAGUUCUUUCACGAAGAUGGAUCCUUGCAAGAGGUUCAUAAGAUAAAUGAGAUGUAUGCCACCUUGCAGGAGGAACUGAAGAAAAUAUGCUUUACAGUAGAAGUCAGUGAACGAUCUGUAGAGAAACUCUUAGCAGAGGUGAGGCAAUUAAAAGAAGAAAUAAAGAGGAAAAAGCAACAAAGUUGUUCAGGAGAAGACAGGGACUACACAGGAGAGCCAAAGGAGAAUGUUCUCCUUUGUCAGGCACUGCAAACAUUUUUCCCCAACUCUGGACUUCAGACAUGUAUUGUUUCCUUCAAAGGCCAACAGAUAUCCAAGAACUGCUGUAACGUUAACCAUAAUAUUAAUGUCACGGACAAACUGACUCUCAUGGUAGAGGAAAGAGACUUCACUGAAUUUGAAACAAGACAUCUAACCAAGCGUAAAGUCAGAGGGACCACAACAGUAUCAAAGUCAUUCAAGAAAUCCAGAACAUUGCAGCUUCAUCGAGAAUCACCUGCAGACCCAGAGGACAGUGACCAGGACAGGAAGCUUACGCUGAGCAGCACUGAAUCAGACGAGGAUGUGUUGGAAAAAAAUAGAGACACAAAUGAAUACCCACACUCUCCUACUUUCUGAUCUGUUAAUGAUUUGUCAGAUGACUUCACACCAAAAGCUACUGCCAGCAUAUUCAAGUGAUGUAUCAAUUUAUAGCACUGCAGGGAUGUAUAUAACAUAGUGCAUUUUUGCAAAACAUACAGGGUCUGUUUGGGGUUUUUGUCCAGUGCAUGAAUCCUGUUCAGCAUAACAACAUCCAGAUGACGUUCCCUCAUUUUGUCUUCCAGA